AUGAUAUCCGUGGUCGUGGUGGGUGUACUGGCGGCGGCAGCGUCAAGCGCUCACGAAACCAGCCUCCCAGACUGCACCACGAUGAUCAACAUCGCACCCCUUCUGUACAAGGACAUCCUGGCGAACCAUCAAGACGAGAUCGGCAAGUGCUUGGGGUACUCCAAGUUCCAUGCGGCCAUUAAAGAAGACCGACGGCCCAACCGCGAAGAACUCGCGCUGUUCUUCGAAAGCAACGACUGCCGUGAAAUCGUCCGCCUGUUGCUACGAAAGGUGGACGAAAACGGCAGCAGGUGCUCGCUGGGUACCCUCGGCACCUCGCUCGGACAGUUAGCCUCCCUUCCCUUUGAAGACCUCAAAGCCAUCUACGCCCCGUUCCUUCGCGCGACUACACCUGCCCGAUGA